AUGGCAACGAUCCCGGCUCGUUUGGCAAAGGUGUCGCAGGUGUCUGCGAACUUUGCGGACGCACAGAGGCGUGCACGCUCACUGUAUCGCGACUUUUAUCGUGCAGUCCCUGAGAUUUGCGCAUUGUAUCCGUUGGAUGUGCCACCAGCCAUGGUGCGCGCCAAGAUCCGUACCAUGUUUGAGCGCAACCGCGACAUUCGCGACGUUGCGGUACUGGACGUACUACUGUUUCGAGGCUACCAAGAGUAUCAGGAGACGCUGAAUGCAUGGAAACAGACAACGCACGUUAUGAAAUGGUUUGCCGAGGAGGAGGCACCUCCGAAGCCGAAAACCUUUUUGGAUAAAUUCUAUGCUACUCGCGACAUAGGCCGCGGUCCGACUCACGAGGGCCUUUAA